AUGGCAGAGAAGUCAACUCCAGGCUGGUUAGGUGUUUUUCUCUCUGCAACGACCAUAGCCAUUAUUGUGGGGAGUCCGGUCAGCGAUCAGCACUCCAGGGGCCGGUUCAACCGUCCCACCAGGACCUCCGAGCUUCUUGUGAUACCAGGUCGUGUUUCAAGGGUUUAUCUGAGCCAGGAUCAACUCAGACGGCUUCACUUCAAGCCCACCAUACGCACCAUCCAGCUGUCAGAGGGCCAUGAGACUAAAUUCAACUGUUCCAUCAACAUCCCGGACGCCAGGCUGGAGCCCACCAUCUUCUGGGUGAAGAAUGGCCAGGAACUGGCAGCAAACAUGCAGGUGGUGAUCAACGAGCUCCAGACCAUCACAGACGGGGUCACCACUCUCGUCUCUACUGUCAGCAUUAUCCAUGUGCAGCGAGCGGAUGCUGGGGAGUAUCGCUGCAGGCUGAGUAUCAGCACCAGGAUGGUAGAGUCUCAGCCGAUCACCCUCGAGGUGGAAGGUCUACCAACAUUUAUCUAUCAACCAGAGGACAGGAAUGUAACAAGAAACAAAGCUUUCGCGCUGUCAUGUGAGGCGGUCGGACCUCCAGACCCUGUUCAAAUCCGCUGGCUCCGUGACGGGUUACCUGAUAGUGACUUUCAUAACUCACCGAGCAGCUACUCUGUGUCAGGUGUGGAAAAGUUCACUCAGUUCAGCUGCGAAGCUUACAACUCCAAGGGUGUCACCACCUCCAGAGAAGCAAAUAUCAACAUCAAAGUGCUUCCCGGCCCUGUGUCUAAUGUCACGGUGACGGAGAGGCAGUCCAAUAAGUUGAUGUUGAGCUGGAGCCUCGGACAUGAUGGUUUCUCUCCACUAACUAAAUGCCACAUCAGGGUUAAAGAGGUGAGUCGGAGGAAAGGCGAGGUGAUGACCACCAGGUUCAUCAACGCCACAGUGCCGCCUGUCCAGUGCGAAGUCCCCGGGCUGCAGGCUAUGACGUGGUACAACCUGAGUGUUUCCUGUAGCAAUGAGGUGGGAGCCUCUCCUGUUACCAUGUGGAUCCAGAGCAACACCACAGAGGGAGUGCCAUCAGUUUAUCCCCGAAAUGUCACAGCACAGCUGAAUGAGUCGUGGCUGGUGGUCAGGUGGAAACCUCCCCCAGAUGAUAAGAUAAAUGGCAUCCUGCGCGGUUAUGAUGUUAUUGUCAGACAUGGCACACAAGUGAAUAAGAUCCACAGUGACACUACAAUGGUCUUUGUAGAUGUGCAGGAAUUCAACACAACCUACAGUGUGGAGGUGGCUGCAUGCACACAGGCAGGGAGCGGCAUGGUCAGCCCACGAGUCUGGCUGUUUGUGCCAGAGGACAAAUCGGGGGUGUCCCCGUCGUCCAGCCCUGACAUCAGGUCUCCAGACUCUGUCCAUGUUGUGCUGGCCGUGGUGUGUGGCGUCUGUCUUCUGCUGCUUAUGCUCUGGGGGGCUAUCUGUGCACACAACAGGACUUCUGACUCUUGCUUUGGGCGGGUGUGUGGAAGUGGAGAAAAGCUGCUGCCGUUUGUGCAGUACACCCCCCAGAGAUCCUACAAUCGAUCAGCCAUAGGAAUCACACUGGGAAGCCUUGGCGUUAGUGAUGAACUCCAGACCAAACUUCAGGACAUGAUGGUCACGAGGAACUUGCUCUCUAUAGGGAAGAUUCUUGGAGAGGGUGAAUUUGGCUCCGUGGUGGAGGGACAUUUACAACAACCAGACGGGACAUCUGAAAAAGUUGCUGUGAAGACGAUGAAACUGGACAGCUUCUCUCAAAGGGAGAUUGAAGAGUUCCUGAAUGAGGCGGCCUGCAUGAAAGAUUUCAACCAUCUUAAUGUCAUCAGACUGCUCGGUGUGUGCUUGGAAGUAGGCGCAGGACAUUUUCCCAAGCCCAUGGUCAUCCUGCCUUUCAUGAAAUAUGGAGAUCUUCAUAGCUUCCUGUUGCGCUCACGCCUGGGAGAGAGUCCAGUGUUCUUGCCCACUCAGACACUCCUGAAGUUCAUGGUUGACAUUGCUUUGGGUAUGGAGUAUCUUAGUGGUCGUAACUUUCUGCAUCGUGACCUGGCGGCUCGCAACUGCAUGCUGCGUGAUGACAUGACGGUGUGUGUAGCAGACUUCGGGUUAUCUAAGAAGAUCUACAGUGGAGAUUAUUACAGGCAGGGCAGAAUAGCCAAAAUGCCUGUAAAAUGGAUUGCAGUGGAGAGUCUGGCAGACAGAGUUUUUACUGUAAAGAGUGAUGUGUGGGCAUUUGGUGUCACCAUGUGGGAGAUUGCUACACGAGGCAUGACGCCGUACCCUGGCAUCCAGAACCAUGAAAUUUAUGACUACCUUCUUGAAGGACAGAGACUGAAGCAGCCAGGAGACUGUUUGGAUGAGCUGUAUGAGAUCAUGUACAGCUGCUGGAGGACCGAUCCGCUAGACCGACCUUUCUUUCCCCAAAUGCGAGAAAUGUUGGAAAAGCUCACAGAAAAGCUCCCGGAGUCUUUCAGCAAGGACGAUAUCAUCUAUAUUAACACCAGCUUUCCAGAAGAGGACCCAUAUGGAGAAACGCUGGCACCUGCACAACAUCCUCUGUUCAACUCGUCACCUUCCUGCAGCCAUCAGGCGGCAGAAAAUUCAGUAGUUACUGCAGACAUUCACGGGAGCCUGGAGGAUGAGGACAGUGAGGACUGUGAUCGUUAUGUGGUGGUGAUAUCCUCUGAUCGCUCCUUGAGACCUCCUGCAGUGCACACUGCUCUUUUGUCAAGUGAUGCUCCAAGUCCAGCCAAUGUGAGGGCUAUGGAUCACAGCUCAAGUGACUCUUCGUUCCUGCUGUAAAGAUUGGUACCCAGCAGAUCAAAACUCUCAACAUGGUGCAUCAGUGCUUAACAGUCUGCCUCAUUGCACAGGAAGCACCUGGACAUUUCCUGACUUUCUUUAGUAUUGUUAUAUGUCAGUGUUAGGAAUGUUGUCUAUGUGUGUCUACAUCAAACAUGUUCAUGAACAUGUUCCAUAAGCUUAAGGUGCACUGAACUGUGAAGUUGUUAACUGCAUUACAUUUUGUGUUGCAAUGUAAAUAUAGAAAUGUACAGAACAUUUUUGAAAGUGAUCUUAUACACUGUAAAAAAACAAAUACAUGAUAUCUUUAAGAAUUUAUUAAAAUGAGAUACAUUUUGCCAAGAUUCCCUCA